UGGUCAUGUUCAACGGACAGUUUAGCUUUAGAUGCGCCAAAAUGGUAUUAUAGGGCGUACAAUUACAAUCUUAUAAUGCUCUAAUCCUUUUUAACUUGCAAUUCAUACUUCGGGAAUGAGAGUCCCUCAAUACACGCCUUCUUCAGGCAGGAAAGCAAAUUAACAUUUAACUGAAUUACUCAUGGAUCGCAGUUUAUGGCACUACACGUUCUGUGCUGAUUGUCUUUGAUGCUUCGUUUAUGUUUAAUCUUAAGUACAGACCGUUAGGUCCCUAUCAAAGAAUCCUUAUAGGACAGGAUAGCAUUACGAAACGAUAAAACUCCAUGGGCAGUAUAACUGAAAAAGACACAGAUACCCGCCCUUCCAAAAACUAAAAUUUAGGCUCACGUCAUACUUAGGAGGGGCGUUUUCCGCGGCGCACGGCGAACGGAGCAGAGCGGCGUAAGACGGUGUCGCCUUGGCUGUUUUCAAGCGGAAUAAUUGACCGAAACUCUCAAGGUUGCUGUUGGCCCCCCAGGCGAAUAGGAUGGGGUAAAGUCCUUGUGGAACGGAACUGGGAGGUCUGCUAUUACAGCAUUGGUGACCUGUGCCGUAUUUACAGCCAGUAGGUCGUGCAAGGGGACGCCAUGCAGUGCUGCACGCUGAGGCUCUUGGGUCUGAUGCUGAUGGUAAACGUGUUAAUCUUCGUCAUGGUCAGCGUGUCGCGGAACAGCGGCCAAGACAAGAAACAUCCCGCCAAGCUGCUCGUGCCCAGCGAGAAGUUCUGGGGGCCAGCCGUGCCCAGUGGAGCCUACUGGAACCAGGAGCAACGGAAGCUGGAUGACUCCCACAACCCCAUCCUGCUGGUGGAUAAUUCUUCCGGCAACACUCUGCACGACUCCGUCAACAACACCGCCUCCUUAGCACCAUGUGCCCCAGACUUAAGUGUAGCUACCAAGAUAAAAGACUACAACUCCCUACCGCAACGCUUCAAGGACUUCUUGAUGUACAUGAAAUGUAGGUUGUACCCCAUGGUAGUGGAUCAGCCACAUAUAUGCAAAGAUAAGCCUUUCUUGUUGCUGGCAAUCAAGUCCCUGGCACCACACUUUGACCGGCGACAGGCAAUCAGGGAAUCCUGGGGGCGAGCAGGCCAAAUGGCCAACUAUACAGUUGCCACGGUGUUUCUCCUGGGUAAUGCCACAGAGGUGGACUACUUCCCUCAACUCUCAGACAUGCUGAUGUAUGAGAGUUCCCGGCACAAGGACCUCCUGAUUUGGGACUACCGGGACUCUUUCUUUAACCUGACCGUCAAGGAGGUGCUCUUUCUGGACUGGUUCGGACGGCGCUGCCCCGAGGCGAGAUUCGUCUUCAAGGGGGACGACGAUGUCUUCGUCAACACCCCUCGCGUCCUUAACUUCCUCAACACCCUGACUCCGGCCAGAGCCAAAGACCUGUUUGUUGGCGACGUGAUUAUGAAUGCUGGGCCACAUCGAGACAAGAGGGUCAAGUACUACAUCCCCGAGAGCAUGUUUGUUGGGUCGUAUCCACCAUAUGCCGGGGGUGGGGGCUUCCUCUACUCGGGGGACCUGGCGCUACGCCUACGUAACAUUUCCCGCUUGGUAUCCCUUUACCCCAUCGAUGAUGUUUACACGGGCAUGUGCCUACGUAAGCUGGGCCUGUCUCCUGUGAAGCACCAGGGCUUUAAGACCUUCGACAUUCAGGAGAAGUACCGAGAAAACCCCUGUGCCUACCGAAGCCUGAUGCUGGUGCAUAGCCGGACUCCACAACAGAUGAUCCGGAUCUGGAAGUGGCUUAGAGACCCAAAGCUGACCUGUCAGUGAAUAUCAGCUUAUCACCAUGUUGCCUGUUUUUGUUUAGUCUAUGAGUGUUUGGCGUAUAUUGGCAGCUUUUAUCAUGAUGAUCAUCAUCACAAUGGUAGUUCUCGUAAUAAUAUAUUAAUUAUGGAUAUAACAAUAAUUAGCACUUAAAUAUUAUUAUUUAUUAGGACAGCUGUGGUCCUUUCCAUUGUAAGCUGCGCUAAAAGUGACCUUAAUCUUCUUCUAGAGUUUAAUCCUACUGUAUGAUCCACGUGAAAACUUCAAAACGGGUCUUUUGAAGUGUUAUUACUUGACUUUUAAAGAACUUAUAAAAGAACAGAGAUUUUUUAGUAUGUGGGUCAUAUAUUGACUUGGGAUUUCCAUACAGAAUGGAUUAGCUUUGGAACAUGUAAACCCCCCACCCCCCCACUGGUGCCUUGUCUGACGCAGGUCACUCCAUGGUUUCUGAAUGAUUGAUUUCACCCCAGGAACAGGAACUACCCCCAUCUUACUUGCUGAAAGUUUCAGUGUAUAGUUUCCCCCAAUCCUGUCCUGAAAAAAACCCUCAGGGUAUUUCUCUUUUGUUUUUCCUAUCUGACCAUUAAAAUAGUUCACAUCUAAGCCGUUUUUCCCCCACGUUUUUAUUCAGUGCCUGUUUUAAUGUAACACUGGUUUUCGCCUGGACCCCUUUUGAGCUGUGGAGAUGCUCUGGACCUCUUUCACUGCUGGAUGUUUAACAGAACAUCAGUAUUAACCAUCUGUCUCCACAUUGCCAAGUUACACUGCGGAUGGAGAUGCCAUUUAAAAUCCAUUUGGAAUGAGAGUGAAUUAAAUACUCAUUAGGCUGUGCGGCCUACAUGAAUACAGGAACUGCAGGGCUGCCGUUUUAGAAAAUUUUCUGGCUUCCAAUUAAAAAGUAGUGUAUUUGAGGUAAUUGGCUUAUGAAUGUAUCUCUGUAUACUGUAUACAUUUUCUGUUUCAGAUUCCAUAAAUGGAAUGCUGCUUUAGCAUGCUGUGCUGUUUUAGGAAAAUAUCAAUGUAAAUUGUGUGCGCAUGCAUGAUUGUAUGCAUGGGUGCCUCAGCAGUUUUCAUUGCACCGUGUGACUACUACUCCUGCUGUUUGCUCAAGAGUUGAAAGGUGAUUGGAUCUGCACUUGGGGGAAAAGGUUGGGAUUGGCCAAAACCUGCUGGACAGGUCCAAAGUCAAUUUAGUAAUGGACUUAGUAACAUUGUAGCAUCUGCUGGAGGAAAAAAAUUGAUUUUGUGAUUUUGUGUUAGUCACUACAUUUUUUUUGCACAGAGUAAAAUUAAUUCUGUUCUGUAAUAAGUUCUGUCUGGCUAACCGUCCAUCUGUGAUGUUCUUUGUUGUUGCUGGACCAAUGAGUAAUUAGUUAAGCCUGAAUUGCAGUUGUGGGGUUAUGAAUAAGAGAUUCCCAGAGACCUUAGUUAUAAUCACGUUGCUGUAUUAUUAUUGUUUUGUUAUUUAUCCUCUCUGUUUUGGAUUUUGUUUUUACAUGAAAAGGAGUAUGGCCUUAUUUCCUACCUGCUCUUUGUCAUGAACCUUCAUUGUACUUGGGCUUCUCAACUUUCUACCCAGAAUUCUUCUUGCGAUGAGCACAUUAGUUUCUGCACUUAUAGUAUUCCUCCACCAUUUCCACUCUGACUUAUGAAAACAUUCCUUUACAAAGUGCCUGCUGUUUGUGUGACUGUUUACACUUGGUUUUAAAAUGUGCCUUUGGACGAUCGGGUCACAAAUAGACAGCUGCGACACAUCGAUGUUUACACGUGGGUCUAUCAUACCUCUCCAAGGUGUCCAGGGGACCACUUGUUUUCAGACUCCAUCACUGUCUAUGUCACUUCCGCAAGAAGGUCAACGUGUGACGUCUUUCUCGAGGAUGAAUCAGGACACAUUAGGCUUUACACUACAAAAAAUGUGGUCAGAUGUGCUCCAGACCACCUUGACAAAUGAUUUGAGUAAUCGGAUCACAAUGUGUCUUGGUGUUCAUUUACACUUGCAUUUAGCGCUGUCUACUUAUGAUCUGAUCGGCCAGGAUGCAUAUUUAAACAAAGUGUAAAGAGGACCUGUGUAUUGGCAUUUUUUUGUACGUAUUUAAGAUGUGUGUGUGUUGGGCAUUUUGCGUUUCGUUUUUAUAUUUUGGAUUAAUAAAAGUGUUUUACCAUAUAA